AGAGACAGCAAGAAAAUGUAUGCCAUGAAAUACAUGAAUAAACAGAAAUGCAUUGAGAGAGACGAGGUCCGGAACGUCCUUCGAGAACUACAGAUUAUGCAGGGCUUAGAGCAUCCCUUCCUUGUCAAUCUGUGGUAUUCUUUUCAGGAUGAAGAAGACAUGUUCAUGGUGGUGGACUUGUUGCUUGGAGGUGACUUGCGUUAUCAUUUGCAUCAGAAUGUACAAUUUAAUGAAGCUGCAGUGAAAUUGUAUAUCUGUGAGUUGGCCCUGGCCCUUGACUAUUUGCAGAGGUAUCAUAUCAUUCACAGAGAUAUCAAACCUGACAACAUACUACUUGAUGAGCAUGGGCAUGUUCAUAUAACAGACUUUAACAUUGCUACAGUCGUGAAUGGCUCAGAAACGGCAGCCUCCAUGGCAGGGACCAAGCCCUACAUGGCUCCAGAAAUUUUCCAGACAUUUAUGGAUGGAGGUCCAGGAUACUCAUAUCCUGUAGAUUGGUGGUCAUUAGGAAUCACGACGUAUGAAUUACUGCGAGGCUGGAGGCCGUAUGAAAUCCGCUCAGUCACGCCAAUUGAAGAGAUCCUCAGCAUGUUCAAAAUAGAGCGAGUUCAUUACUCCUCAGCUUGGUGCAAAGGCAUGGUAGCACUGCUCAAGCAGCUCCUCACAAAGGACCCCAAGUACCGAGUUUCCAGCCUUUCGGAUAUUCAGAGUUCCCCCUACUUAGCUGAUAUGAACUGGGAUGCUGUUCUUGAGAAAGCCCUUGUACCCGGUUUCAUUCCGAAUAAAGGAAGGUUGAAUUGUGACCCAACAUUUGAACUAGAAGAGAUGAUUCUAGAAUCCAAACCUCUUCAUAAGAAGAAAAAAAGACUAGCUAAGAACAAAGCCAAAGAUGGAAACAAAGAAAGCUGCCCACUGAACGUACACUUACAGCAGUGCUUGGAAACUGUGAGGAAUGAAUUCUUCAUAUUCAACAGAGAAAAGCUCAGAAGGGAAGAACAAAGUGGGAAGAUGUAUGUUGUGGAUACCCGAGCAUCAUUUCCGACUCACAGCAAACUUCAGGAUGGAUGCAACAACAACGUACUAGGACAUGGCUGCGCCAGAGGAUGCUGCAGCUAG